UCCGCGUCACCCGGUGGAACAAAACAUACAAAAUGAGCGAAGCGCUUGUUAGUUAAGCGAAGUUGUUGGAAGUCAUAAAUUUGUUGCAAGCAGUAAAGACGACAUCCAUUUUGGUACAAUGUUCUGCUGGUGUAGUUUCGUCUAUGUUCUAUUCUUUCUGGGAUCAUUCGUGUCAAUAGGACUUUUGACGGUGUGCAUUCUGUUGCGUCAGCUCAUAAAAAUUCAACGACGGAAGCGAACGGACCAAAAAGUGAAACAUGUAGCGUUCUUUCAUCCUUAUUGCAACGCUGGUGGUGGCGGUGAACGAGUACUAUGGUGUGCCAUUCGAGCAUUGUUGAAUCGCUACGAAAAUGUCAAGCUUUUCGUGUACACGGGUGAUUUGGACGCAAAGCCGGCGGAAAUAUUGGCCAAAGCGGAACGAAGCUUUAACCUCACUUUGGAUUCAGAACGUAUAACGUUCGUGUACCUAAGCAAGCGAUGCUGGGUGGAAGCUUCGAGAUACCCGCACUUUACACUGCUGGGGCAAAGUUUAGGUUCAAUCGUGCUGGCGUUCGAAGCACUGUUAAAGUUGCAACCGGAUGUGUUUAUCGACACGAUGGGUUAUGCGUUUACGUACCCGGUGUUCGCGUACUUUGGUGGAUGUAAGAUUGGCUGCUACACACACUAUCCUACCAUUAGCACCGACAUGUUGCGACGUGUUCAGUCGCAAUCGCAAUCCUACAAUAAUCGAGGUUAUGUGGCAAAAAACCCUUUCGCCACGUGGUUGAAAAUCGUGUACUACCGGUUGUUUUCACGCAUCUACGGCUGGGUUGGACGUUGUGCCGAUACCGUAAUGGUGAAUUCGUCCUGGACCGAAAACCACAUCAUUUCGCUGUGGGACGUACCAUACAAGACGCAUCGUGUGUAUCCACCGUGCGAAGUGUCACAGCUUAAGCGAUUGGAAUCGCUCACCGAUGAGCAGAACGAUCAUAUCAUCAUUUUAUCCGUCGGUCAGUAUCGGCCAGAAAAAGACCACCCGCUGCAGCUACAAGCCAUGUACGAGUUACGCACACUGUUAAACAACGACGAAGCGCUCUGGAAUCGUUUAAAGCUAUUGAUAGUUGGUUCGUGCCGUGAUGAAGAAGAUCGAGUGCGUGUAAAAAACAUGCAAGACCUAGCGAAGCAUCUGUCCCUGGAAAAUUCGGUAGAGUUUAGAGUUAAUGUACCGUAUCGCGAGCUGCUGCAAUGUUAUCAACGUGCGACGGUCGGUUUACACUGCAUGUGGAACGAGCAUUUCGGCAUCAGUGUAGUUGAUUGCAUGGCUGCCGGUUUGAUAAUGGUAGCUAAUCGUUCCGGAGGUCCACUGAUGGAUAUUAUCGAGACGUCCGAGGGUAGCCAGAACGGCUACCUUGCUUACGAUGCCUAUGAUUAUGCGCGCUGUAUUGCCAACAUACUGUACAACACACCGGAGUAUAAUUCGAAAAUUCGAGAAGCAGCACGAGCGUCGGUGGAUCGAUUUUCUGAAAAAGAGUUCGAGAGUGGAUUCCUACGCGCGAUUUCACCAAUCAUGGACUAGAUAUUAUGAAGUGUUUUAGGGACUUGUAUAGGACUUGUAUAGUAAGACAUAUGUGCUAGGUGCUACUACUUGAAGUUUAAGCAGCAAUUUGAUCUGAUUCCUUGGACGGUGCGGUAAGCGAAAAUUAUGACUUUAUGCAUUGAUUUAUUGCCACCGUUUACAUGUAACAAUAAGUUGUUUACAUGGCUUGUAGGGACUUAUAAUUCUAUGUGUUAUUUAAUUUAUUCAUUUUAUUUAAUUAUUUUUGAGAAUUACGGCUCUUCAGUAUCCUAUGAGUUUACAUAUUCACAAACUACUUCUUUCAUGCCAUUUGAAUUAUGCCCGGUUUUGAGUUAUGUUGUUUUAUUGUUGAUGGCUCUAUUGCUGGUGAAGUGUUGAAGAUAUCCUAUUGCGGUGUGAACUAAACUCCGCAACCAUACACAUUUGUCUCUGCCAGAUUGAUACGCUAUAUACAUUGGCGCAAUCGAAAAUCCAUAUAAUUUUGCACUGAAGAUGUCCGGUUUUCCGAUUGAUCACUGUAUGUGCAUCCAGUGCGAAAUUAUUCGACAUUGGUCCGGACAUUAUCCGUAUAAAUCCACGAUCUACAGAGAUACGACCGAGCCAAGGCCGUAGGGGCACUUGCAGAGAGACCGAGAAAAGGAACCGGCUGAAUUCAAUCGCUCUUCCAAAUACUUUGCCAUUGAGACAAGAAAAUUUGCUGUGGAGAACCGCUUCUUAUGAAAUCGUGGAAUAAAAAUGUUUCCUCAAUAGAUAGUGGUAUUGUAAUUUGGGGGCUAUGUUCCUAACCUAAGAAAAUAAUAAUUUUAGGUUCACUUUGAUUAAUGGUUCUCUCGGCAGCUGCUCGACGAACUCAUGUUUAAAUCCCACAACUUUUGGAUCUUCCGAAAGCGCAUUAUCUGACUUGUCGGGCAAUGGACCUGCGUUACAUUUUGAAAACCGUUACGCCGUCAAGUGUAGCAGUCAAGAGAUACGAUUCCUAGGGAUCAGAGGGUUACGAAUACGAAGGGAACAUUUAGGAAUAUUGAACGGGAUAGAGCCAAACAGAAACGGAGCAUCUAUACAACCGAACAAAAGGGAAGCGACAAAGAUGGUUUGCGAUCGUGAUCGACGAUCCUCGAGAGAGUCAAGACCGAGCUACUGACACCUAGAGUUUGGGCAGGAUGGAUGCGGAUCUUACCAGGAACAGCGAACUUGGUAAAGGAUUGCUGUACCCGCUCGAUUCGAUCCAUGUUGGAUCCAUGCUGUUGGUGACCAAAUCACCUCCAGCAAUACUCCAGCGAUGAUCAGACCAGCGAGCAGUACAGCACUUUUAAACAUAGUGGAUCUGAAGUCAAAUCCUUCGCCAGUUGUUUCUUCUCCUCUGAUAUCAUGAUAUCAUACAGUUAUAAUGCUUUUUCUUGGAUGUUUUUGAGGCUCAACGGUAUGCGUUUCUGUGUUAAGUCAUUAAUCCAUACGAGCAAAAGUUUCUUUACUUCGACAAUACAAACUUCCAGUGUUCUUGUCAUUAUAGUAGACUCCAAUGGAGCGUUUUUAAUCGUUUCGUGAAACCGAUCCUUUGCUCUAAUUAUAGUUCGAAUGGUUGAUUCUGGUCGAUUUGUGAUUGGCGAUGCUUGCGUGACAUUUAGUUUUUCAUUAAAACUGAAAUGGUUUCGGAUGGUCACAAAUCUAUUAAAGUACAACACAGAACAAUUUAAGCAGAAGAGGAAAAACGUGUGUUGUAUAUUCUAGGUUAUUAUUCUACUACUGUCAGUUCAGCUGUACAGUGCGUGCCACAAAACUACACCGGAACAAUCCCGAUGAAAAUAUUACCAGGUAGCCAACUGUCAGAAAGGUUGCAUCCUGACACCCCUGCUCAACCGCUACAGUUAGCUAGCCCAACGCCAGCGCAAUGUCUGCGAAAUGCUGCUACAGGCAGACUCUUCGUCAUCAUAUCCGCUUGCUGAUCUGCUGAUGGUAUAUAUCGUAGACAGAUUUUUCUUUGCCGAAUCAGAUCCCGAAGGUAGUGAAGUUUCACGUCUACUUGUUUCAAACGUCCAAAAUCCUUUGACUCCUCGGCAAUUCGCAUUGAUGACUGGUUGUCUUCAUAGAACGUAAUUGGCUCUUCGGGAUCAUAUCCCAUAUCACGUAACAAUCGUAUCAACCAUUGUUCAUGGCAUGCUGCCACGCACAAUGCUGCUAACUCAGCCUCCGUUGAUGAAAGAGAAACAACCUGUUGCUUUCGUGUGAUCCAGGCAACAGUACAUCCAAACACUUUGAAUAUUCCGCCGCUGACAGAUCGCCUAUCCACAGGAUCGUUUGCCCAGUCGGCGUCCGAAAACACUUCCAUCACCGCUGCCUUAGGGUUUUUACGACACACUAACCCAACAUCCAACGUUCCUUUAAUGAAGCGCAAAACUCGCUUCAAAUAAGUCCAAUGUAACUCCGUUGGGCAGCUUUGAAAUUGACUGCAAAUAUUUACAGCUGCCGCCAAAUCUGGUCGUGUAGUCAACGUUGCAUAUGUCAAACAGCCGAUCAACUCUCGAUAUGGUUGGUUUGUUCGAUCCUUCUCUUCACCACGAAGAAGCUUCAAGCGACUUUCCAUUGGAGUCGAAACCGUUUUACAAUUCUCCAUCUCGAAACGCCGCAAUAAGUCUUCCAAAUAUUGCUUCUGGCUGAUCUUCAUCACACAAUUCUCGAAGUCACGAUCGAUGUUCAUGCCAAGAAAGUUCUUCACUUCCCCGCAUCGGUCAUCUCGAAUUCAUGCGCCAAACAGUUUUU